GUUCAUAAGUCAUAAAUGUCGAGAAUGGAAGCAAGGAUUAUCUUUGCAUGGUUGCUUGUGCUAUCGAAUGCCAUCUCGACGGUGGUGAACGGCACCUAUUUCUCCGACAGUCACAUAAUUAAUGCUCCAACCACCAUGAAGAAAACCCAUCUCCACUUCUUCUUCCAUGACAUGCUCUCCGGCGACAACCCUUCCUCCGUUCUUGUAGCAAAACCAAAUGGCACGGUGGUCGAAGAAGGAAACGUAGGCCCUUUUGGGGCGGUUUAUGUGUUCGAUGACCCGCUCACAGAGGGAGCUGACCUGAACUCAUCAGAGGUUAUUGGUAAUGCACGUGGACUCUACGCAUCGACUAGUCGUGGGUCGGACUUGACAUUGUUGCUGAGUGCUGAUUUUGAGUUCACAAGUGGUGAGUUUAAUGGGAGUUCCAUAAGUGUGUUUUCAAGGGAUCCGUUGGUGGUGGAGAAGGAGGUGGCGGUUGUGGGUGGCAGAGGCAAGUUUAGGAUGGCUAAAGGGUUCAUAAUUCUUAAUGCCAUUUACCUCAAUGUUACAAAUGGUGAUGCCAUUCUUGAAUGUAAUGCCACCAUUUUUCAUGAAUAAAAGAUGAAAUGUCGAGGUUAAGGUUAGGGUUAGGGUUAGAAAUGUGGAAAACCCUACCUGUUGAUUUAAUCUGGAUCAAAGAUUAUUACUGUCAAUAAAACAAUUUCGGUAAUUUUAUUGC